UUGGAAAUGUUUUCGGACAUGCCAGUUUCUAUUUACAGCACGUUUACUAACAUUAUAUGUACUAACGUUACAGCUUGGCUAGCUAGCUACUACUUGUAAUGCAUACAUACGCCUAACUAACUAGUAAUGAGUCAGCUACUGGCUCUGUAUUAAGAUGUGUAGUUCUCCUUUUAUGUUUCACAUUAUUUAAACCCCAGAAAACAUUAACCUUGACCACUUGUUGUAGACAGUAACCGAGCCUUUGACCAUGACUCUCAGUUCCAUUAAACAUAGCUCAUUGGACGAAGACGUCUUGUGGGAGUUUGGUUAAGAGCCGCGACACUCAAUCUAAACAUUAACAGACGUAGUUUACGCCACGCGCUUGUUUACAGAAAAUAGACAAGUCAAGAGGUGACCACUUGUGCUAGUUAGCCAUCUAGCAUGCACCUGGCUGUGUAGUUUUGUUGGAUGGAGGCACCCAUAGCUGUAUGGAUAUGUACACAACUGCUACAGUACAGUAACAACAUGUCUUCUGGCCCACCUCAGUCGCCCGCAGUGGCUAAGACAGAGGUGACUGUCGAAGGAGAAUGCCCUCUCCUCGCCGCCACCUUUGCCUACUGGGACAACAUCCUAGGCCCGCGAGUGCGUCACAUCUGGGCUCCCAGGUGUGAGCAGCCGCUGUUGCUGAGUGACGGUGAAGUCACCUUCCUGGCCAAUCACACGCUGAACGGGGAGAUUCUGCGCAGCGCCGAGUGUGGAGCGGUGGACGUCAAGUUCUUUGUCCUAGCUGAGAAGGGUGUCAUCAUUGUCUCGCUGAUCUUUGACGGCGAGCUGAAGGGUGACAAGAACACGUGUGCCCUGUCCAUUAUUCUUCCACAGACAGAGCUGGCCUUCUACCUGCCCCUGCACACUGUCUGUGUGGAGAGGCUCAAACACAUAAUCCGCAAGGGACGCAUCUGGAUGCAGAAAGGCUACAACAUAAUUUCUGUGCUGACAUCAGAGAUUGUCCCCAUCAUGGAGCUGCUGUCCUCCAUGAAGACACACAGUGUCCCAGAGGACAUAGAUAUCAAGGACACCAUCCUAAAUGAUGACGACAUUGGAGACAGCUGCCAUGAAGAUUUCCUGCAUAAGGCCAUCAGUUCUCAUCUCCAAACGUGUGGCUGCUCCAUGGUGGUCGGAAGCAACCCAGACAAAGUCAACAAGAUAGUGCGAACACUGAGCCUUUUCCUCACCCCUGCUGAGAGGAAGUGCUCUCGGCUCUGUAAAGCUGACUCCUCUUUCAAGUACGACACAGGACUGUUUGUGCAAGGCCUCCUCAAGGACUCCACGGGCAGCUUUGUCUUGCCCUUCCGCCAGGUGCUGUACUCGCCCUACCCGACCACGCACAUUGACGUGGACAUCAACACGGUGAAGCAGAUGCCACCCUGCCAUGAGCACACGUACAACCAGCGCCUCUACAUGCGCUCGGAGCUCAGCACACUCUGGAAGGCAGCCAGCGAGGAUGACAUCGCCCCCGACGCUGUCAUUCACACCGAUGAGUCCUUCACCCCCAACCUAAAUAUUUUUCAGGAUGUUAUGCAUAAAGACACUCUGGUGAAGUUAUUUAUAGAUGAGGUGUUCAUGCUGAAGCCAGGCCUCAAUCUGCGAAGUACUUACUUAGCCCAGUUCUUGCUGAUCCUUCACAGGAAGGCUCUCGCGCUACUCAAAUAUAUUGAAGAUGAAACGCAAAAGGGAAAGAAGCCUUUCCGCUCCUUGCGCAGCUUGAAGACAGACCUCGACCUGAUGGUGGAAGGCGACCUGAAUAUUGUCAUGGCUUUUGCUGAGAAGCUGAGGGCUGGACUGCACUCCUUUGUAUUUGGGAAGCCAUUCUACACCAGUGUACAGGAGCGAGAUGUGCUCAUGAGUUUUUGACUCUUUUACUCUUAUCCUCAUGACUUGUUUGUUUCUUAUCUUUAAUUAUUUCUUAUUAUUGUAGCAUUGUCAAUAAGGAACCUGUAAGUAAGCAUUUCAUUGGACGGUGUAUACCAAGGUUAUUAUAGUAAACUAAAAUAAAACCUAAAAUUGUAAAAACAAUAUAGUAAACAAAUAAUAACAUAUGCUGAAACGUAUAAUUGACUGCAAAAUGAACUAAAAUGGAAGCCAUCAUAAAUGAUUUGUUUAUUUCCCCUUCUAAACAAAUCUAAUACGAUGUAACCUUUUUUUUCUAAUGGGGUUUUUGAGCUUCUGAAUAUGGUGGUUAAGUACUGCCAGUAGAUGCUGACGUUUCAAAUAGGCUUAGUUUGUGCAUUGCUAUCACUAGCUAACAGGGAAGAAAUCUGAGGGCAAGCGCAGAGCCGGACUGGGCUAAGCUAGAACAGCUUGUAAAGUUGGAGCCGUUCACAAUCUACAACGACAAACUUCAGACUGACAGCCAGGUGCCGUGCCUUCUCACUUGCAAUCUACUACUACUGGGGGAGAGAGUGAGAAAGUCACCUCUAGCAAGGAUGGCUGUUUAUCCUAAGCUGUGGCACUGGAUCUGGUUGUUGCCCCUGCAUCCCAAGAGUUCGUGGAGAGAAUAUUCUUUGUCCGUGGGCAACUGUCAUCAGGCUUGAGAAACCGAACGACCACCUCUCUGGAACGCAGUCUUCUUGAAGAUGAACCAGACUCUUGUUUGGUGGAGCAGAAACACACACAAGCUGACUGGCUUUGAACUGAUAGAUUUGUGAAUGUGUUGCUUAUGUUUUUGCUGUUGCAGCCAUUUUUAUUAACCUAUUUGAAGGGCUUAGUCAGUGAUACAUGUUUAAUAUUACAUAAACAUGUCAAAUGUG